UGAGAUCAAUCCGCGCGGAAUUCGUUAAUUUUUAGCAAGGCACCGACCACCAUCGAAUGACACCAAUGGCGCCCAUCAAGAACCAUCAAGUGGUGAAUUGCGAGUUUUUAUCCGUAGGUGGCCGUCAGUGAGUAGUCACGGUGAGGCUGACUGAAAGGAUCUGCACAACUUCUGAAUUAUUUUUACUGCGGCUGUUUGGUUCAUAUACAAAAGUGAUUAACAAGGUCGCCGCAUUGUUGGAGAAAUAAACCAAUCAGUGGAGUGUAUUUUUUAUUGUGGACGUGCUAAUAUUAGAGUGUUUAAGAUGCCUGACUAUUUCGGGGACAAUAUGCGAAAACAACGAAAUUCGGGCGAUGAGAAAGAAGAAGAAAUCAAAGUACUGGAUGAAGGCGACAUUGCAUUGCUGAAGACAUACGGAGCAGGCCAGUAUUCAAAGGCAAUCAAACAAGCCGAAGAAGACAUGCAGGCGAUUUUAAAACGGGUUAAUGAAUUAACCGGUAUCAAAGAAUCUGACACAGGUUUAGCGCCCCCCGCACUCUGGGAUCUUGCGGCCGACAAACAAACGCUACAGAAUGAGCAACCACUCCAGGUGGCUCGUUGUACGAAGAUAAUUAAAGGCGCUACUGGAGAGGAUGCGAGCGGCUCCUCUGAAACAAAGUACAUGAUCAACGUGAAGCAGUUUGCCAAGUUCGUCGUCGACCUUGCCGACACCGUUGCUCCAACUGACAUUGAAGAGGGUAUGCGAGUUGGCGUUGACAGAAAUAAAUACCAGAUUCACAUCCCACUUCCGCCCAAGAUCGACCCAACCGUUACCAUGAUGCAGGUGGAAGAUAAACCGGACGUUACAUACACGGAUGUGGGAGGAUGCAAAGAGCAGAUCGAUAAACUACGCGAGGUAGUUGAAACUCCAUUGUUGCACCCUGAGCGUUUUGUGAAUCUUGGCAUUGAGCCGCCCAAAGGAGUACUUCUUUUUGGUCCACCUGGAACUGGUAAGACGCUGUGUGCCCGUGCUGUGGCCAAUCGUACUGAUGCGUGCUUCAUUCGUGUCAUUGGAUCGGAGCUGGUACAAAAGUACGUCGGUGAAGGUGCGCGUAUGGUUCGGGAGCUGUUUGAGAUGGCUCGUACGAGAAAGGCCUGCCUCAUCUUCUUCGACGAAAUCGACGCUAUUGGGGGUGCCCGAUUUGACGAUGGUGCUGGCGGUGAUAACGAAGUACAAAGAACGAUGUUGGAAUUAAUCAACCAGCUUGACGGUUUUGACCCUCGCGGAAAUAUCAAGGUUUUGAUGGCUACGAAUCGACCUGACACCUUAGAUCCAGCUCUGAUGAGGCCAGGACGUCUCGACAGAAAGGUUGAGUUUGGUCUUCCUGAUUUAGAAGGGCGAGCCCAUAUAUUCAAAAUCCACGCGCGCUCCAUGAGUGUGGAAAGGGACAUCCGAUUUGAGUUACUCGCGAGACUUUGUCCUAACUCAACUGGAGCUGAAAUUAGGUCCGUGUGUACAGAGGCCGGCAUGUUUGCGAUCCGCGCGCGUCGAAAGGUAGCGACUGAGAAGGAUUUCCUUGAGGCAAUCAAUAAGGUCAUCAAAUCCUACGCCAAAUUUUCCUCAACGCCGCGCUACAUGACUUACAACUAAAAUCUUAUAGCCAAAAAGAUUGAGAUGUAACGCGGAUUUUCUAGCAACGACACUAGAAGAGAAGUACCGAGAACCCCAUGCGAUCCUUGUAAAGCCUAUGCGAAAAACGCUUUCAAAUCGCUAAAGGUCUACAGGAUGCCGUAUCUGCGAACAAGGCUGAUCAGAGAAACAUAUUCAACUCAACAUCGUUUCUGUGAUAGGUUUCUCUGUCAACUAUACUCCAGAUUAGAUGCAUAGAACCCAGACUAGUCUAUUGACACAAUUUCUGCAAAAUCAUAUGUAUUAUUUCGGGUUACUUGUCUGGUACUUUGUGGGUAGUUGCCUCUUGACGAAUUUUUCAAAUGUUUCUUCCCAACUUCUUAAACAAAUAAAAUAACGAUUCAUUCCUGUUCCGUCUAAUGGAAUUGAUUAUAUAUCAUUUGUCUUUAAAGUCAAAAGUCAAUAUUCUUGUUCAUUAUUUGCAUGAUGCGUUUGUUCAGAUUAUGGUAAUUAGCAAAUGUUGAGAGCAGAAUACAGCGGACGUUAGUCAUAUUGAUAUAGUA